AAAUAAGCAUUUAUUUAUUAGUUGCUUCAUCAAACGACUAUUUGCCGCAGGUAGUAACGACUUUUCAAGCCGGAGAAACAGCCAGAGGAUGGACUGCAGUGCCAUAAAGUGGGUGGGCACAUUCUGACCUUAUCCCUUAGCUAUAAGUGUGGAAACGAUCUUGUCCAUUCAGUCUUUGCGUGACUUAUGAGUGUGCUGAAAAUGCCUCCACUGACAGCAAUACAGUUACAGAUGUUGUUUGCCAUGUGUUUUGCACGGGCCUACCAAGAAAUACCUAAGUACCAGCACAGAGACCCUGUGACAUCUAAGGUGCUGCUUUGUGACCAGUGUCCACCCGGCACAGCUGUGGAACGCCACUGCCACACAGAGGAACCCACUGUUUGUGCCCCCUGCCCAGAAAAACGCUUUGCAGAGCAGUGGCAUUGGGGAGACAGCUGUCAACAUUGUACAUCUGUCUGCAAGGAAAGGCAGAUUGUAAGAAGGGAAUGUAACAGCACUCAUGACAGGCUCUGUGAGUGUAUACCUGGAUAUCACCUAGUGGUGGAAUUUUGUGUCCGUCACACUGCCUGCUCACCUGGCUUCGGUGUCAUUGUGCAGGGCACACCAGAGAGGAACACCUUGUGUGAGAAGUGUUCCCAGGGUUAUUUCUCCAGCACUUCUUCAACCACUGAGCCAUGCAUACCCCACAGGAACUGCACUCAACUAGGCCUGAAGACUGUAAGACCAGGUACAGCCACCCAUGAUGCUCUGUGUGAGUCUGAGAAUAAAGAGUUCACUUUUGACUGCUUCAAUCAGCACACAGAGUGUCACACUGACAUUACAUUAUGUGAGGAAGCAAUAUUUAAAUUCCUUGCAUCACCUCCUUUGGCUUCUGUCUCUGUGGAGCGUCUCUCUGAGAGCCUUCCAGGACGCAAAGUGGACUGGAAGAGUGUUGAGAGGCUGAAAAAAAGCUGCAGUCCUCAGCAGCAGGCACUACAUCUGCUUCGUCUCUGGAGAGAACAAAAUAAGGACCAAGACAAACUCCUCAGCAUCAUCCAAGGUGUAAACCACUGUGAGAGGAAGGUAUCUCACUGUGCCAGUGUAAAAAACAUUACUCUGGAAGACCUGUUGAGCUUAAUGGAGUGUUUACCUGGGGAUAAAGUGAGCGAGGAGAAUAUUCGAGCCCUGGUCCGUUUCUGUCCCUCACAACGUUACAUCCUGCAGCUCCUACACCUGUGGAAGAUUCAGAAUGGAGGUCAGGACCUGGCCAAAGCUUUAUCUCACAGUCUCCGCAGACUACAUUUGAAAGGUGCUCGCCGACCCCUUCUCAAAAUUCUGAAGAGGAUCAGUCGGAGUAUUAGUGCGUCAUCCAUACACCGAAUGUAUGAGAAGAUGAUUGUUAACAUGAUCCAAGACAACACAUGUUUCAAAACCAAACUGUACAAUGACUAAUUUUACCUUAUCGAAGGACAAUUAAAACAAGUUAUUUAAAUGAAGAUAAGUUGUACAAAGUGUUUGACAGUUGUGGGCUAAAAGGGGGAAGGGAUAAGUAACUGAUUUGUUGUGUGGGGAUGUAGAUCUAUUUUUUUUUUUGGCCUGUUUUAUAUUGGACUGAAACUGAGAGUUUGAUUCCAAAAUGGAAAUAUAAGCCAAGUUCUAGAGGAAAAUCAACUUUUUUUCAAGAUAUUACUUGACCUGCUAAUACUUGUAAAAUGAACCUAUAUGCUUUAAUGAAGUUGUAAAUAAUGGAAGUUGGUCAUGAAUGUAUAAUACAGUGGGGAGCAGUUGUUAUAUUUAAGUGUAAUUAUAUGUUGUCAAUUUGUUUUAUUUAAAAAUUAUAAAAAGAAAAUAUUUAUUAUCAAUUUGUCAGAAAAGUGGACUCUAGAAAUGCAGUAUAUAUUUUGUUUUAAGGAUUUAAGUAUGGUUGUGACAGUUUUGAGUAGAUAUGGAUGUUUACCACCACAUAUUCUCAUAAUGAAAGUUUUCUUAAAAUGAUCAGGUCUGCCAUGAUGUAAGAAAACAUUUUAUAUACUUUGUUGUGUUUUAUCGUGGAUGCUGAAGACCCUUUGUCCAUACAGGGACCACUAGGGCAUAAGGUCCCCAGUAACCAUUUAGUCAUCUAUUGUUAGCCUACCAAAACUUGUAUGUUUCCCCUGUCACUUAAUAUAGGAUAAGGCAUCUGUCACUAGGGAUGGAGGGGGCCUCCACAGACAAGUGCCCAGGGACCUUGCAGGACCAUGUUCUGACCCUGUAACCAUGACAAGCUUGUAAAGUCUUUAAAACUGUUUGUGCUGGACAUAAUAAUCUAGGAAGCUAAUAAUGUAAUCUUAAUAAUAACUUCAUCUUUCAAACAUCCUCAGAUGUGCUUAUUGUUUGAUGUCUAUUUCUCAUUCUAAUACAUGAUUUUUUUUUUUUUUUACAUUUUUUUUUUUACUGACUGUAAAUUUGCUUGAUUUUUCUUUAAAAAUUCAUAUCUUGUAUCAAUCACUCUUUGCCUUUGUACGUUAUUUGACUUUACUAUUCUGUCUGUAUUAUAUCCAUUGAUAAUAUGGAGGUAUCAUACAGAAAAGAAAAAAAAAAUCAAAUGUAGUAGGAAGUUGUGACAACUGGAAAAAGAGGAAUCCAGCAAGCAUCCAUAUAUAAACACCCAUACCGUUAGUGGAGGAAAUUACUGAAUAAAACAACUGAGAAUAGUUUGGCAUACAUGAGAGAAGGAGCAUGGUGUACAGUAUAAAAGGGCUUGUAUCUGUUUUACAGGUUUUGUUUACUUUAGAUCUUACAUCAUCUUUCCAAAUAGUUUGGAAAUCAAAGAUAGAAGUGCGUUGGUGGGGGGAGUCCAGGAGUUCUCUUUUUAGAUUACUGAUGAGUUAUGAAUGA